UGUCGAGGGGAAGCACAGAGGUAACAGCAGCAGCAGAGACACAAGUGAAACUUUAACAUCAGCAUACUUGAACCGCACCGCACGCACGAGUGGUUCCAUUGCCAGGCUCAAAAGGACUGGCUUGUUUUAUGCGUUGAGAUUGCGGUAUUAUUUCAUGGGGAUCUAGAUAACUUGAACUGCGAGUUGCAAUUUGACUUCAGCAUCUACAGAGAUUAUUGAGGUGGAACAUGGCGAGCGGGGUGAAGAGAGCUCAUCCCGUUGCUUUAUUAUUUACUUUUACGCUCUUAUUUUGGGGGGACGUUUACGGGCAGGUGUCUUUUAAUGAAAUAACCGGGUUUAGUUUGAGUCCCCCGUACUUCAACCUCGCGGAGGGGUCACGGAUAUCUGCCACCGCAACUUGCGGUGAAGAUGAAGCAGGGAGACCGAGAUCUGAUUUGUACUGUAAACUUGUCGGAGGACCUACCUUUGGACUUCCUAGUCAAACGAUACAGGGACAGUAUUGUGACAGAUGCAACUCCAACGAGCCAAACAAGGCCCACCCGGUGAGCAAUGCCAUCGAUGGCACUGAGCGCUGGUGGCAGAGCCCGCCUCUCUCCCGGGGACCCAUGUACAACGAGGUGAACGUCACUUUGGACCUGGGACAGCUCUUCCAUGUGGCCUAUGUCCUCAUCAAGUUUGCCAACGCCCCUCGGCCUGACCUGUGGGUCCUGGAGCGCUCCCUGGACCAUGGGAAAUCGUAUGCUCCAUGGCAGUACUUUGCUCAUUCUAAAAGGGAGUGCAUUGAGAGGUUUGGCAAAGAACCAAAUGGACGCAUAGUCCGAGAUGACGACCAGAUCUGCACCACAGAGUACUCAAAGAUCGUUCCAUUGGAGAACGGAGAGAUUGUGGUGUCCCUGAUAAACGGUCGCCCGGGCUCCAAGAACUUCACCUAUUCUCCAGUGCUGAGAGAUUUCACCAAGGCCACCAACAUCCGCCUGCGCUUCCUCAGGACCAGCACUCUGUUGGGGCACCUCAUUUCCAAGGCCCAGAGGGACCCCACUGUCACACGCAGGUAUUACUACAGCAUCAAAGACAUCAGUGUCGGGGGACGCUGCGUUUGUCACGGCCACGCGCAGGUGUGUGGAGGGCGUAACCAAGGCAACCCCAAUCGGCUGCAGUGCGAGUGCAAACACAACACCUGUGGUGAGUCAUGUGACCGCUGCUGUCCAGGGUUCAACCAGAAGCCAUGGCGUGCCGCUACGACAGACAGCCCCAACGAGUGCCAACCAUGCCAGUGCCAUUCACAUGCCACAGAGUGUUAUUACGACCCAGAGGUGGAGCAGAGGAGAGCAAGUGUAGACACAUUUGGCAGGUACGACGGCGGAGGAGUGUGCAUCAACUGCCAGCACAACACGGCGGGGGUGAACUGUGAGCUUUGUGCUGAUGGAUUCUACAGACCCCAUGGAUUACCUCCAGAGUCUCACAGCGGAUGCAUACCCUGCAGGUGUGAUGCCAGGACUACUGCUGGUUGUGAGAUGGGGACAGGACGUUGCCACUGCCGGCCAGAAUUCAUCGGAAACAACUGUGAACGCUGUGCAGACGGUUACUAUGGCUACCCGCAGUGUAUUAGAUAUCCAAUCUACCAGCCCACCACCAAAUCUCCCGCAGGCCAUAUAGUAGGGCCCACUGCCUGCCCUGCUGGUUAUUUUGGACCACCCAGCUGUCAACGGUGUGUGUGCGACCGCGGUGGAUCAGUGCUGGAGUUGUGUGAUGCGUCAGGGCGAUGCAUCUGUCGUGAUGGUGUGGAGGGUGAGAGAUGUGACCGCUGUCGACCAGGACACCACUCAUUCCCUAACUGCCAAGAGUGUGUGUGCGACCGCGGUGGUUCGGUGCUGGAGAUGUGUGAUGCAUCAGGGCGCUGCGUGUGUCGUGGAGGGGUGGAGGGCGAGAGAUGUGACCGCUGUCGACCAGGGUACCACUCCUUUCCUAACUGCCAAGUGACAGUGUGCCGCUGUGACGGUGCAGGUGUGACUGACAGGGUCUGUGGGCCCAACGGACAGUGCCGUUGCCGUGUCAACUACUUCGGAAGGCAAUGUGACCAGUGUGCCCCUGGUUACUAUGGAUACCCAGACUGUGCCUCCUGCCAGUGUUUAGGGGAGGGUUCCUAUGACCCCAUGUGUAACCCAGUAUCAGGCCAGUGUCUAUGUCGCCCUGGGGUGGUGGGACAGCAGUGUGACCGUUGUGCCGGGUCAGGCCUCCGCUUCCCCCUGUGUUCAGCCUCCAUCACCCAGUGUAACCCAGCAGGGUCAGAGGUCAGCACAGCAGAUCCACAAAUGGGUUCCUGUGGCUGCCUGCCCAACGUGGAGGGAACACUGUGUGACAUGUGUAAACCUCUCUACUGGAAUCUGGCGACGGAGAACCCCAGCGGCUGUAUAGAGUGUCGCUGUGACGUCAAAGGCACCCUGAGUGGGGUAGGAGAGUGUCAACAGAAAAGUGGCCAGUGUUACUGCAAGCCCAAUGCGUGCAGCCAUGCCUGUGACACAUGCAAGGAGGGCUACUACCUGCUGCAGAAGAGGAACUAUUUUGGCUGUCAAGGCUGCCAGUGUGAUGCGGGGGGGGCCAUAGGCAGAGGGUGUGAUGAGAUAUCUGGACAGUGCCAGUGUCGGAAGAACGUAGUGGGCCGCACCUGCACUGAGCCAGCACCUAACUACUACUUCCCCAGCCUGCACCACCUGAGGUAUGAGGUGGAGGAUGGCAUCACCCCCAACGCCAGGCCCGUACGCUUUGGCUACGACCCCCAGGAGUUCCCAGGAUUCAGCUGGAGAGGUUACGCCAUCAUGUCCCCAGCGCAGAGUGAAGUGAGAGUAACAGUGCAUGUGGACGAGGCAAGGCGAUCCUUGUUCCGACUUGUCCUGCGGUACGCUAAUCCCAGCAGCCAGGACAGUGUGACUGGUAGUGUAACAGCUACCUAUGCCCGAGGUGGCCAAGGGUCAGGUCAGAGUAAAGAGGUGGUGUUUCCUUAUAGCUCCUCCCCUGCCUACCUCACAGUCCCUGGGGACGGCUUCGCUGAGCCCUUCACACUGACCCCUGGGAAAUGGAUCAUACGCAUCCGGGCAGAGGGCCUUCUACUGGACUACUUGGUGCUGCUGCCCAGUGAUUACUACGAGGCUCCCCUCCUCCAGGAGAAGAUCACCCAGCCCUGCACGUACACAUUCACCGCAGACAGAGACACAAACUGUCUGCUGUAUAAGCACGUGGCGAUGAACAGGUUCAGCUCUGUGCUGGGCUCUCAGGGCCAGUUCUCCAGCCAGAGGAGACGCAGGAGGAGACAGGCCCGCGUCCGCCGGCCAACUCCAGACCACCCCGAGAUGGCCUCUCUCACCAGGAGACAGGCCCAGUUACAGCUGAGCCUGCGUGUGUCUCGACCCGGUCCCUACAUCCUGUUCCUGGAAUAUGCCAGCGAGGUAGACAUGAUCCAGAACGUCAACCUCAUCAUUACUGGCCAAUCAGAGAGCCAUAUCCAGGCCAGAGCCAACAUCUACAGCUGCCAAUACAGCUUCCUUUGUCGGAGUGUGGCGGUUGACGGAACUAAUCGUGUUGCAGUGUUCCAGCUUACCCACAAGGCUGUGCUUCUUCUCCAGACCUCCACAGCAUCAAUGCUGCUGUAUAAAGUGUAUGCAGUGCCUGCGGAGGAGUUCUCCAUGGAGUAUCUGGACCCCAAGGUGCUCUGUGUCUCUGUCCAUGGGCGCUUCACUGAGGACCGUCAGUACUGUGUUCCGAGCCAGUACGACAGGCCCUCCUCAGCGCUGGUUCUGGACGCAGCUCGGGACGGGCACCCCUCCUCCCCCCGGCUCGUCCCCCAGCAGAGGGAGAGUGAGGAGUGGAGACGAAGACGACAGUCAGGGGCUGGGGGCUUCCCUUUCCCUGGAGCCCAGAGUGAAGGGGUACUACUCAAAUCUCCCCAGACAGAGAUCCGUUUCAGUGCCAGGGUGCCAACUCCUGGCAGGUAUGUGUUUGUGGUCCACUACUGUCAACCUGAACACACCACCUUCCCUGUGGAGGUACAGGUGGAUGCCGGACGCACCUGGGCCGGCUCUGUGAAUGCCUCUUUCUGCCCGGGCGUCUCCUGCUGCAGGGAGGUGGUCAUCGCUGAGAGGCGCAUCGCUCUGGACCUUCCCCAGCAAGACAUGGCCAUCUCUCUCAAGGUUCCACCCGGGAAGACCCUCACUCUGGAUUAUAUCUUGGUGGUUCCUGACGAUAGUUACACCCCUGAUCUCCUGAAAGAGAAGCCGUUUGAUAAGUCAUCUGAUUUCACCAGGCAGUGUGGAGGACAAAGCUUUUAUAUAGACCCCAGAACGUCCUCCCAGUUCUGCAGAGACUCGGCCCGCUCCCUGGUAGCAGCCUAUAGUGACGGGGCCCUGCCCUGCUACUGUGACAAGUCAGGGGCCACGGGGCCCACCUGUAACCCUGUAGGGGGCCAGUGUCCCUGUAGGCCCCAUGUCAUCGGUCGGCAGUGUACACGAUGUGCCACAGGAUACUAUGGCUUCCCCUACUGCAGACCGUGUGAGUGUGGCCAGCGGCUGUGCCACGAGGUGACAGGUCAGUGUAUCUGCCCGCCCCAGACAGUGAAGCCAGCCUGUGACGUGUGUGAGAGCCAGACGUUCAGCUACCACCCGCUAGUGGGCUGUGAUGGCUGUGACUGCUCGCCCAACGGAGUCAGGCCCAACGCAGGAAGAGACUGUGACCAUGACACGGGACAGUGCACGUGUAAGCCCAGGAUCGGGGGGCGGCAGUGUGACCAGUGUGCUGCAGGGUUCUACAGGUUCCCAGAGUGUGUCCCAUGUAACUGUAACCAGGGAGGGGUCACACCAGAUGUAUGUCACCCAGACACAGGACAGUGCCUCUGCAAGAGGAACGUGCAGGGUGUCCGCUGUGAUGCCUGUAGAGACGGGUCCUUCCACUUUGACCCCUCCCACCCCAGAGGCUGCAUCAGCUGUUUCUGCUUUGGAGCCACCAACCAGUGCCAGAGCUCUGGCAAACGCAGGGGGAAGUUUAUGGACAUGCUUGGCUGGCGUCUGGAGAGGGCUGAUCAGGAGGAGGUGGCAUCAGUCCUCAACCCGUCCAGUAACACUGUGGUAGCAGACGUACAGGAGCUGCCUGGCACUACCCAGCUCCUCCACUGGGUAGCGCCACCAUCCUACCUGGGAGACCGGGUGUCGUCCUAUGGGGGCUACCUCACCUACCAGGCUAAAUCUUUUGGGAUUCCCAGUGAGGGGAUGUCGCUGAUGCACCGCAGACCUGAUGUCCUGCUUAGUGGCCAGGAGAUGACCCUGGUGCACAUGGCCCCACAGACCCCUAAUCCUGACAGACUCCACCAGGGAAGAGUCCAGCUAGUGGAGGGGAAUUGGCGUCACGCCGGCACCAACCGUCCUGUGUCCAGAGAGGAUCUGAUGGCAGUCCUGGCAGGGAUGGUGGGUCUGAGGGUGCGGGCCCUCUACUUCACCCAGAGCCAGAGACUCAGCCUGGGGGAGGUGGGCCUGGAGGAGGCCACAGACAUGGGGGCCGGGGGCCCUGCCAGCACCGUGGAAGAGUGUGCCUGUUCCUCUCUCUACAGAGGAGACUCCUGCCAGAAAUGUGCUCGUGGUUACUAUAGAGACGGCAGUGGGCCCUACCUGGGUCGCUGUGUGCCCUGCUUCUGUAACAGCCUCGCCAACGAGUGUGACGACAGGACUGGGAGGUGCCUGAACUGCCAAUACAACACAGCCGGGGACAGGUGUGAGCGCUGCAAAGAGGGUUACUAUGGAGACGCUGCCCAGAGAUCAUGCCGGGUGUGCCCGUGCCCCUUUAGUGUGCCAGCUAACAGUUUUGCGGUGGGUUGCAGAGAGGUUGCUGGAGGGUUCCAGUGUGUUUGCCGACCAGGCUACACAGGAGACCGUUGUGAACGAUGUGCCUCUGGUUACUAUGGUGAUCCAUUGACAGCCGGAGGAAGCUGUAGGCCUUGUGAUUGUAGCGGUAACGGAAACAGCUGUGACUCCAGGACUGGUGUGUGCAAGAAUACUUUGGAGCCAGGGGACACCAACACAGAUGAGCAGUGUCAAGAGUGUGAUGAAUGUGCCCUGACCUUACUAAAUGAUCUGGGGCGUCUGGAUGAGGAGCUGGGCAGGAUUAAGACUCAGCUGGAUAACGCCAGUAUCUCCGCCUCCUCUCAGGACCGACUCAAAAUGCUGGAGAAAGCCAUCACAGAGACAAAGACUCUGGUGAACAAGUUCAGUUCCAGUGUGAACAGUCAGAAGCCCAAGGUUAGCCAGCUGGAGCAGGACAGUCUCAGUGUCAACGAGGAUAUCAGCACUCUCAAAGAAAAGGCAGAUGACAGGGCUGUGGAUGCCCAGAAAGUGCUGGAUGAUGUGGGUAAGACCCAUCGGAGAGCUAAAGACCUGGACACUGAGGCUAAGAACCUGCUCGAGAAGAUCCUGGUCAUGCUGCAGCAGCUGAAAGAGUCUGGUUCCAGUGGUGAUGUGGUGCCCAGUGAAAAACUGGCUAAGAUGUUAUCCGAGGCUGAACGCAUGGUGAAAGAGAUGGAGAAGAGAAACUUCAACCCCCAGAAAGACGCAGCCGAGAAAGAAAAAGAUGAGGCCCAGAAACUGCUGGACUACAUCAAGGCUAAUGUGACCAAGCAGUAUGAUCAGAAUGAGGCAGCAGCCAAGAGGGUGAAGGGUCUUCUGAAGGACUAUGAAGCUAAACUGAAGGACCUGGAAGAGGCUCUGAAACAGGCUGGGGACAUGGUGAAGAAAGCCAACUCUCAGAACGGACUCAACUCAGAGGCACUGAAAGACAUACUGAAACGUAUGGAGGACCUGAAGAAAGAGCGUAAGAAGGUCCAGGACCAGAUAGCCAUGGCAGAAGAUCAGCUGAAGAAUACAGAGGACCUCCUGAGAAUGCUGAAUGACAGCAAGACUGAGUAUGAACAGCUAGCUGCCCAACUGGACGGGGCCAGGACUGACCUCACUAAGAAGGUCAACACCAUCUCCCAGGCCGCGGCCAAGGAGGACAUUGUGGUGCGAGCAGAGAAACACGCUGAGAACCUGGCCAAGCUGGCCAAGGAAUUACAGGAUGCUGUAAGGGACUCGAGUGGCCGCUCUGAUGUGCGUGAUGCCAUAGACGCCAUUGAGGCCUACAAGAACAUCACAGAUGCAGUCAAUGCUGCAGAGAAGGCAGCCAAGGAGGCCAAGGAUGCAGCUGACAAGGCCCUAAAGGAUGUGAAGAAAGAGGACCUGACACAGAGAGCUAAGAAUCUGAGAGAAAGCGGGAAUGACCUACUGACAGAAGCCAAGGAUGCAGAAAAAGAUCUCAAAGAGGCCUCUGAUGACCUCACAGCCCAGAAGAAGCGCCUGAAUGACGCAGAGAAUAAGAAGAAAGCAUUGGAGAAGGACCUGCUGGAUGACCUGGCAAAGCUGAACAACAUCCAGAGAGAUGAUAUAGGAUACAUGCUAGAUCAGGCGAAAAGGAAGGCAGCGUCCGCCAAUGACACGGCCAGCACCACCAUGGACAGACUGAACGCCAUCAGAGAGGAAGUGGAUAAGAUCAACGUCAUGCCCUCUGACUCCAACCUCGGCAGCAUCAUGGACGAUGUGGACAAAUCAGUGAAGAAUCUGUUGAAAACCAUCCCGUCUCUGCAGGAUAAGAUCUUGGAGGUGGAGGAUCUCAGCUCUCAGCUCUCCCCUGUCACCAAUGUCUCUGAUAACAUCAAGAGGAUCAAGGAGCUCAUUGAGCAGGCUAGAGACGCAGCCAAUAGGAUUGUGGUCCCUAUGAAGUUCAGUGGGGAGGGCCACGUGGAGCUGCGUCCCCCUAGUGAUAUGGAAGACCUGAAGGCAUACACGGCCCUGUCCCUGUCCCUGCAGAGACCAGAGAUCCCCAUCAACAGAGGGGACGGAACACGCAGACGCAGACAGGCCACCACGACCACAGACACGGGAGACAUGUUCGUACUCUACCUCGGCAACCAAGACUCGUCUAAAAACUACAUCGGCAUGGCCCUGAGGAAGAAUGUGCUGUUCUGUGUGUACAAUCUGGAUGGAGAAGAGUAUGAGAUCAAGACAGACUACAUCACUAGGUCUCCCUCUGAGCCUUCCUUCUUUGACAAGGUGGACCUGCGCAGAAUUUACCAAGACGCAGAGGUGAACCUCACAAAGCUGUUCACAUCCAACCAGCCGGACCCACCUCAGACCAGCAGGAAGCAGGGAGAGGUGACCAGGAACCUUCUAAACCUGGACCCUAGUGACAUGGUCUUCUAUGUCGGGGGCUACCCCUCCAACUUCACUCCUCCAGCCUCCCUCAACUACCCCAACUAUAAGGGAUGCAUCGAGCUGUCCACCUUCAAUGACAGAUUCAUCAGUCUGUACAACUUUAAGAAUGCUGUCAAGAUCAACCUGGAGACACCAUGCAAGAGGUAUAUCCAACCAGUGGUGUUUGACUACUUUGAGGGGACUGGUUAUGCCAAGGUGUCCACCGUAGGUGCUACAACGUCCACCCUACUCCUGGGCCAGACCAUCUCCACUCGCUCAGAGAAUGGGCUUCUCAGCUACAUUGGAAAUGAGGACAUCUACUACAGUGUGACGUUUGAGAGAGGCUACGUUGUCAUCCAUAGUAACCUGCUCAGUGAACCAGUACAAAGCGCUACCAAAGUCUUCCCAGUGAAUGCAGAUUCAGCAGAAGUGUUGAUCAUCAUCGAGUCCAAAGGACUCCAAGAGAUGAAGAUCCGUGUAGCAGGCGUUGAGGUGGUCAAGGCUAAAGUCCAGUACACCCCUGGAGACUUCACAGACUACUACAUCGGUGGCCUACCACAAGCCCUGAGAGAAAGACACAACAUCACCACCCAGCCACUGAAGGCCUGCAUGAACAACAUCAAGUUCAGCAGCAAGAACCCCACUUUCCAGGAAAAAGUGGGCAUCAGCCGGGGCUGUCCCACGGACUUCCUGGCAUCUCGUAAAGCAGAGUUUAACGUGGGCAGUUCUCUGUCAGCUGCUCUUAAAGGCUUCAGCCUGGCAAAUGAUGUCACAGUCUCACUGGGAUUCAAGAGCUCUGAGAAAGAUGGGCUCCUACUGCAGAACACUGAGUCGAGCAUUGGCGCCAUCGAACUUGCCUUGGUCAACGGCUAUGUGGUUCUGACGUUCAAAGACAAAGUUUUGAGAUCUUUUAAAUCUAGCAAGCAGUACCAGGACGGCAAAUGGCAUUACCUGACUGCCACCAGAAGAGAGGCUUCUCAAAGUAUCGAGCUGUGGAUAGAUGAGGAGGAUGUGGGAGGGCAGAUAAUUUCAGACUCCUUCGUGUCAAAGCCAGACUCUCUGUUCCUGGGGAAAGACACCUUCAAAGGCUGCCUCUCCAACCUCUACUUGAGAAGGCCUAACGUUCUGUACAGAGCAGAGGACCUGAGUCAGUUCAGCUCUACAGGAGAUGUGCUGCUGGAUAUGUGUAGCGCUGACAGACCUCCACAACUGAUGCUCGACCGCAACACCUCCAGGAAGAGAUGAAGAGAAUGAAGAGCUGCCGACUAUUGAGGACAAAUUGAUAUUGACAUGAGCGAUAUUAGCAUCUCACACAUUGUUUGCACAAGCCCAUUGCUAUUGUACGUGACUGAUAAACACAUUACUGCAUGGACAUCCACAUCAUCAUGACUACUAUUAUUAAAUACAAACUAUUAACUAUUAAAAAUGUUUAUUUUAUAAGCAUUGUUUCACUUUUGAUUUGUACACUGUUCUAUCUUAAGCAUGUUUCACGACAAUAAACCACUUUUCUGACCAGUGAUUCACAAGCAACUAUUAACCCACUCAUUAACUAUCAUCAUCAGUCCAUCAAUCCAUCUGGUUACAGCCAGCCUGAUGUUAAGUCAUUUCCUUGCCCUCACUCCCUCUCUGCUUUCCCUAUUCACAAUGACUAGGACCAAUGAACUAAUGAAUGAUCAAUAGUCUAUACUGAAAUACCAGAACGAUCAUAAUAUGAUAAUAUUAUUAUACUAUGGAAUGACUGAGGGCGUAGAAUUGGAACGUUGCACUAGGUAUUAAUAAUAAUAGUUACGGCCUGUGAAUACCUGAAGUGUAUACUGGAACAUUACACAGGGAAUCUCUGAGUAUUGGAUAAAGCAGUGCAUCAUUGUUAUGCAUAAGCAGUGUUGGAGUUUGUGUGCAUCAUCGUCAUGCAUCUCUUACUGUAUGCUCUCUCAAGCAUUUGUACCUGAGGACAACCUUGGCCUGCAUCCAUCCAAAUCAUUUGAUCUACUGUGACCUCCUAAGCCUCCUACAAUAAAUCAACCACGAAAUGCA